AUGGAUCCUUCAGAUCGGUGGACAAACAUUGCGCCUGUCUCCGAUGAGCCUGGGAUGCAACGACAGACGCCAGACUUAAAGAAGAGACGGCGAGCGGUUGCCGUCGCAUGCAUACCGUGUCGCAACGGGAAGUCCAAAUGCGAUGGUACUAGACCUGUGUGUACUCGCUGCAGGGACGGCAACCUACACUGCCAUUUUGAUGUUCCUGAGGGUGUAUCCAGAGCCGAGCGCAUGAAAAUCCUAAAGAGAGAUGGCAUGUCCGGCAGGGCGGAAGACAUGGAACGUAUCGUCAACGCCCUACGCUCAGGAACCGAUAUGCAGGCGUCAACCCUCCUGGCAAGACUGCGACUUGGCGAACGGGUGGAGAAUAUCGCGACUUCUCUUCCCGCCACAUCCUUGAAUGCCACUUUAUUUAGUCCCCCCAGCUUAUUAGCCCAGGAUUCGACUGGCACUUCUGGAAGUUGCUUGAGCCAGGAAUCUACUCUUAGCGACGAUCCUUCGUCCUAUCGUCACAGUUCUAAUGCGUCUCUUGCAUCUUCUACUGGACAACGGCCAAACUGGCCACCUGCAAAUUUAAUGGCAUCAUCGACACAUAUGUCUUCCGUAAAGGGAAAGCAGCCUAUGCGCGUUGAUGGAGAUGAGAAACGCCCUUUUCUCUCUAUAAUUUUCAACCGGGAAGAUUUCCUCCUCGCUAUGAGUGACAGCGAGGAUGAGGAUGACAGUGAUGAAGAGAUGAACGUGAUAUUCGCUCCAAGCAGGACUGGAUCUGUCAGUCCUUCAGGGAACAGGCCGAGAGACGAGUUACUUUCUUCGCGAAGAGAUCAGUCGCAAAGGUCGAUUCACGCUACUCAUCUUAGGGAUCGUCAGCCUGUUGUUAGCACGCUCAGGAUUCACCCAAAUUUCGAUCUCCGUAACCUAUUUGGCAAUUUGCCUUUCUCCAGCAGUGUGUUGACGAACAAUCAUCCUCCAGAUGUUCAAGGAGUUCAGGUCAAGAACCUCUUUCUCCCAACAUGGGCAAUGAUGACUAUAAACACACUACCGGACCCUGGAUCGUUGAGGCAUGUCUUUUCAGGGAUAUUACAACAAGCCACAGAGAUGAUUCGGGAUGGAGUUCCGCUAGAAUCCGUCAUAGAAACUCAUCCCAACAUCGCGGCUCUUUUCGACGAGGCGGAAUUUGAUAAGUCGGGUAUUCUUUCGCAGUGGGCGGCUGGUAUGGUGCAUAGUGCAACAUUAAACAGUAAUGAUUUUACGUGUUGCGCAUAUAUGUAUUGUAUCUGGUAUCUUAUGCGCUGGAUGAUUUCGCCCUCUCCAGAAACAUAUCGAGUAAUUCCAGAAUGGCUACGACCUACCCCAAAUCAACUUUUCAUGCCGCACAUUACCAUACUCGAUUUCGUCCUCUGGCCUGCCUUCCGCGAGCUUGCCGCCCAAAUCCCCGCUAUGCAGCAGCGCAUGGAGUGGCUCAUGGACUACAGUAUCAAUCUACACUGCGAUUGGUCGUUCCCAGUGGAAGAAGCGUUUCGCAUAGAUGAGGUCACCGGACGUCUAGAUUUGUGCGACUUGGCAAAGACAAGCUUGCGCGAUCUUUCGAAUUGGUCGUUACGUCCUUCAUUCCGAGGCUACGUAAGCAACGCGGAUUCUUAUGUCAGGAUUAGAACAGAUGAAUGUUAA